AUGCAUCUCCACCUCAGGCCCAAUCAACGAACGGCAAAGGCUAAAAGCAGCCAGAUUUCAGCUAUUCACGACCUCGACGAGCAAAUUAUACCCAACACAUAUGCUUGCAACGCUCUCCAGUGUCUUUAUUUUUCUAGAAGACCCAGCAGCGUAUCUCCCGGCGGAUUCUGCCUCGUCCUCCCGAAAACCCAAUUGAACCUAGCCCCAACACGCUGGGUCCCGGAACGAGGACACACCAUGCGAUUCUCUCCGGCCACGGUGCUGGUCUCGUUGCUGGGAUGGAUAGGGGUCGCAUCUUCACAUAACAUCCUCCUCCGGGCACACUCGAGAGAGUGCUUCCACGAGGACCUGCACAAGGAUGACCGCAUGACCGUCACCUUCCAAACCGGCGACAGGGAGUUUGGAGGCAGCGGGAACCUCGACGUCAGCUUCUGGGUCCAGGACCCCUCUGGUAACCGGCAGUAUACCAAAUACUCCUCCUCGGACGAAUACUCCUUCACAGCAUCCCUUGACGGCAAAUACAUCUACUGCUUCGGCAACGAGGCCUGGUCGUCGAAUAGCAAAGAGGUCUCUUUCAACGUCUACGGAGUCGUCUACGUUCCUGAAUCGGAAGCGUCCACCGAUCCUCUGGAAGCUGAAGUCCGCCGUCUCUCCGAGGAACUAUCACAGGUUAAAGAUGAGCAGUCCUACAUUAUUGUUCGGGAACGCACGCACCGCAACACUGCCGAGAGCACCAAUGCUAGAGUCAAAUGGUGGAGUAUUUUCCAACUAUGUAUAAUCAUUGGCGAGGGCAUUUUCCAGGUCUGGUGGUUGAAGCGAUUCUUUGAGGUUAAACGCGUUGUCUGA